AAACAGUUUCAAAUAAUUACACCAUAAGUUUAAAACGUUUGGCAAUUAAAAAUGACCGAUGAACGUAAUUUUCGUUCAUCUUAUUACGAAAAGGUGGGAUUUCGUAGUGUCGAAGAGAAAAAAUCUUUAGAAAUACUACUUAAAGAACGUCCUUUUGAUAAAGCAAAACUGAAACAAUUUUGCUUACGAUUUACAGUCCCUGUUAUAUAUAGAAAUUUUCUAUGGAAAAUAUUACUGGAUGUGAUACCAGUUUAUGUAGACAGUCAUAAAUUUAUAAUGAAUCAAAGAAAAGCUGAAUUUCAGGACCUGCAGAAGGCAUUAAAAGUUACCAAUUUGGAUGAUUGCACAAAACCUUAUUUAAUGUUUCUAACUAUGUGGUUAUUGCGUACUAGAAGAGCAAAGCUUGAUAUAAAUACUCAAUUAGAAAUGCCUUUACAUAGAGCUAUGUGUAGAAUGGCUGAAACUUUAUGGCACAUUGUUGACAUUGAUUCUCCAGAGGAAAAGCUUGUAGACACAUAUUGGAUAUUAUGUGGACUCUUAGAUCAAGUACAAAAAUUUCAGAAGGAAGUGAGCAGAUUACAAGAAUGUACUUGUACAUUGUUGGAAAGAGAAGAUCCAGAACUGUACAAACAUCUUGUCAAAAUUGAAGCACUUCAUAAUAUUCCAUAUGAUCUUUGGUUUUGUUCAUGUUUUGCAGGAACAAUAUCUGAUGGUUCUAUAGCAAAAAUUUGGGAUAAAAUAGCUGUGGGAGCAUAUAGAAUUUUAAUCUUUGUCACUGUAGUAACUCUCACAACUUUAAGACGACUUUUAUUGAGAUGUGAGAACAUAGAUGGUAUCCUAAAUACUAUUUCUAAUAUAACAGAAGAAACUUCAGAAGUAAUUGUCAACAAAGCAAUUGAAUCUUGGCAACAAAGUGGUUCAACAUUAACAACUAUUUCAUAAAUUGUUUAAAAACUACCAUAUUUAGCAGGAAACAAUUCUGAUUGUAACCACUGUGCUAUAAUCUGUAAUUAAAUUAUUAAACACAAUUUAAAUAAAAGAUCUUCAAAUAGA